AUGGCAACAAAUGAUUAUUACGAUUCUUCCUGGCUCGUUAAUGCUUAUUAUAGUAGAGAAACAAAUGCUUUAGUCUCCCUAAAUGGAUACUUAAACCCUCCGAUUUUCAGCAAAGAUUUUUUGGCAGUUAUGAAUUAUGCUGGAAUUGGGGUAACCCUUGGGCAUGAAUUAAGUCAUGCUUUUGAUGAUUGGGGGUCUUAUUAUAAUGGUAAUGGGCAAAUGGAGGAUUGGUUAGGUCCCCAAAUGAGGGCAAUAUUUCAAAAAAAGAAGGAAUGUUUUGUUAAACAAUAUGGAAAUUCUAAGGUGCAAAUAGACGGUGUUUGGAUUAACUUAAACGGAACUUUAACCGUUAAUGAAAAUAUUGCCGAUAAUGGAGGAUUAAAUGCUGCCUUUAAAGCAUGGCAAGUACUAAAAAGAAGUUCGUCUUCACUCGAUCAAAAUAUUUUUGGGAAAAUUGAUGGGCUUGAAGAAUUUAAUGGAGAUCAAUUAUUCUUUAUUCAUUAUGCCUUUCGUCAAUGUUCUCGUUUGGGUUCAACAUGGCUUAGACAAAGAAUAAUGACUGAACAACAUUCUGUAGUGCCUGCUAGAGUAAAUAUACCUCUUCAAAAUUCUCCACAUUUUGCUAAAAUUUUUGCUUGCCCUACUGGUUCUCCGAUGAAUCCAGUAGAAAAAUGUGCAAUUUGGUGA